AUGUUGGCCUCAUCUCACCUUCCCCUCUGUUCCCCUCCUUCACCUCCCCGCGCCGCAGUUGCCCUUCACUUCUUUUGCCUAUUUUUCUUCUCUCUGCACCUGCGUGCGCGCCUCCGCUGCCAACGUCAUCGCCGCCGUCUGGUUUCGACGACUACGCUGUACUGCCGCCCCGCUCGCUCACAAGCGCACCCGGUCCAUCCCUCAUCGUUGCCUCACCUUGUCUUUAUACACCCGCUCUCUCUUUCCCACCACGCCAUCAUGAUCGAGGAUCACGCCGAGUACGGCCACAACUACUACCCCAAGAAGCUGGCCAACACCGUCCUCACCUUACCCCAGCAAGGGGCGAAGCAGCAGCAGUGGAGCCCCUACCAGGACAACGGCGGCACGACGGCCGCCAUCGCUGGAAAUGACUUCGUCCUCCUCGCUGGUGAUACCCGUCUGAAUGGCAACUUCUGCUUACACACCCGUCAUGAUGAGAGCAAGAUCUUCCAGCUGACGCCACACACGUACAUGGCAAGCAACGGCAUGCAGGCGGACCGGCUGCAGCUUCAGCAGCUGCUCAAGUACCGGAUUAAGUGGUACCAAUACAACAACGGCGGUAAGGUUCCGUCGACCAAGUCGAUUGCGCAGCUCUUGUCCACGGUGCUGUACCACCGUCGCUUUUUCCCUUACUACACGUUCAACAUGAUUGUUGGUCUGGAUGAGGAGGGCCACGGCGUAUGCUAUAGCUACGACGCCGUCGGCUCGACAGAGCCGCUCCUGUACGGCACCCGCGGUAGCGCGGCAAGCUUUGUGGAGCCGCUACUCGACUGCCUCAUCAAUCGUCAGCACAUGACCUGUCAGGCACCGUCAGAGAUGUCGAAGGAGGAGGCGCUGGUGAUGCUCAAGAACGCCUUCACCGGCGCAGCCGAGCGCGACAUUUACACCGGCGACUCCGUCUCGUUCAUCACCAUCACGAAGGACGGCGUGCAGCAGGAGAGCUUUGCGCUGCGCAAGGACUGA